AUGCUGGUGAUCAGCCCGGUGCUUGCCAGCGAUGAUAUCCUCCUGUGCUCUCCGGUGGUAAAGGAUGACGUGUACCAGCGGCAACAAGAUACACUUGUGGUGUGGACGGAACCCGACGGCUCUGAUCUGGCGCUCUCUUUUCAGGAGCCGGAAGGAUGCAACGAAGUAUGGGACUUUUUGACCGAGGUGCAGCUGCACUUUAUGCUCAACAAAGACACCUCGUACUCUGCCGAGGACCGGCGGCACAGCAUGCGCGGCCCGUAUUCCGACGAAGCCGACGAGAUGCACGCUCCGCCAUUUCGCCUUCCUGCGCCGAUGCUCGACAAUCUCGGCACGAUCGAGCAGGAGCUGCGCGAAGCGUGCGCGCAGAGUCCGCUGCGCCGCGAAAAGGUGGUCGAGUGGCUGUUGAACGAAGACUAUAUCCGAAAACUGAUACCCCAGUUCCACGCGGCUGAAGAACAAGAGCUGCUCCCCCACUUGCAUCAGCUGUACGAUAUUAUGAAGGUGGUUUUGACAAUGAACGACAAUGUCAUUAUUGAGUAUCUGCUGGAAGAUGAUGUGUUUUUUGCCGCGAUCGGCAUGCUUGAAUACAACCCCGAGUUCCCCAGACUCAAAGCGUCCUACCGCGACUAUUUGCAGCACCACGCCCACUUUCACCAGGUCGUCGAGUUCGAGGACCCGAAUGUGGUGACCAAGAUUCUGGACACAUAUCGUUUGAUUUACCUAAAGGAUGUGGUGCUUGCACGAUUGCUGGACGAUGCGACACUGUCCAUGAUCUCCUCCCUCGUCUUUUUCUACCAGAGUGAUAUUGUAAAUUACUGCGUCGGCAACAAGCAGUGUCUCGACCAGAUCCGCGAGAUUGUGCAGGCGGUCGAGGUGCCUGGCCGCAAGCACGAGGCGCUCUGUUCGAUGGCCAAGCAAAUUCAGCUGCCCGGCCGCAUGAGCCUCUUUCGCAGCUUGGUCGACCGCGAUUUGCUGCAGGUGGUCGAGUACGCGCUCGUACAGCCCGAGCCGGCGAUUCGCAAUGCCGCUGCCGAGAUCCUCACGGCGACGAUCGAGUACGAUGCAAACAGUGUGCGUGCGUAUAUCCUGGCGCAAGUCGCGAAGCCGACGCGCCCUCUGAUGCGUCUCCUCCUGGACCUGCUGCUACAGCACGGCAACUUGGGCUUUAAAGGGCAGAUUGCCGAGGCGAUUCGUGCGCUGCUUGACGUGAGCCUCGAAGGGAUUUCCAACUCGCCCAUGGCGCAAGGGAGUAUGCUGAAAGCCAGCAGCGACCCUGAGCGUUUCCUCACGUGGCUGUACAAGAGCGACAUUGUGCAGCUCUUCAAGCCGCUGGAGCGCCUGCCGACGUUUGCUUCGCUGGACGGCCCCCUUUCGCGCUUCUCGCAGGAAGAUAUUGCGCUGUACACGCACCUGUGUGAGCUGCUGUGCUAUAUUGUGUCGCAGCACUCCUUCCGGAGCCAGUACUAUAUGCUCACUUCCGAGAUUGGAAAGCACGUCGGCGCGCUGUUGCAUGCGCGCGAGAAGCCGAUGCGCCUCGCGGCGCUUCGCGUAUUCCGUGCGUGCCUCGGGAGCAGCAACCAGUUUAUGCACCGCCACCUAAUCACGAUCGGCGUGUUACAAGAGCUGCUGGACCUGCUCGAGCGCGAGGCGCCGCGUGACAACCUCGUGAGCAGUGCGUGCCUCGGGUUCUUUGAGCAGCUGCGCAAAGAAGGCAUCCGUGUCCUGAUCCAGCACCUCGUCGAGGAGCACAGCGAGCAGAUGCAGCGUCUUAGGCGUAUUCCGUCGCUGCAGGCGUGCUUUGCGGGUCUCGCGGUGGAGCACGAGGAGCGUGCGCCCACGCCCGAGCCGGAAGACGACGCGCAGGACGAGGAGAACUACUUUGCGUCGGAAGAGGCGCAGCCCUUGGUGCCCUACGGCGACGAGGACGAGGAGGCGAGCGAGGCGCUCGACCGCAGCGUCGAUCGCGUGCGCCGCCGCGUGCCUGACGACGAAGACGACGACGACGAGAUGCUCGGCCGCCUCGCAAAGCGUUCGCACACGGCGCCCAAAGCGCACGGGGAAAAGAAGCUUGCCUUGCGCCUCUCGAGCGAAGGGCGCCAGCGGGCCGAAGGGCGAUCCAGUCCGUAG